AUGUCGACCGAGCGCGUACUUACUGGGGAAUCUGUAUCAACAAAUGUAUGGAGAAAAGCCCAGCAAAGUACCGGAGCAGGUACUUGUGCAAGCAGUUCUGUAGUUUACAAUGAGAAAUAUAAUAAUGCACUUGAACAUCAAGGACCGGCUCCGAGUCCAUUUCGAGUCCGGUUAUCUUUUAGAUUCUUUUUUGAUGAUUGCGGGUUAUUUCUUUUUUUUCUGUGUCAUUUAAUAUGUCAAUCUUGUUGAAACAGAAACAGUUACUGAAGUAAACGUCUAUUACAUUUUAACAAUGCCAGUUGAGAUAGAUUGUUUUUCGUAAAACGUGCUCUUUCGCGUCUAAUCAAAAAUUGUGAUUAAGAAAAAAUACGCUCAAUGGGUGCCGAUAUAGCCGGAACACUUAAAAGUUUUCUAGCUAAUUCUCUAUUCUGUAAGAGUGUAUCAAUAGAUAUAAGCGUGUAUUCUGUAUGUUGUGGUGUUGUUACUCCAGGUCAGAGUGUGUAUACAUCCAUUCGCAUUGAUCAUAGCUCCUUGGACCUACUAUUUAGAGCUAAAAGGAAACAAUACAACUAAACGUUAUUUUUGACAAAAAAAAGCGCUCUACUAAGGCAUCUUAGCCAUCUUGAAUUUCUAUUGGCUAGCUUACAAAACGAAUAGAAUAGUUUAUGUAGCAGCAAGCGCUUUUAUAUUGGGAGCGUGAUGAUCGAAAGAACAUUGUAAAAGUCGAAAAAAUCCUUCAAUGAUCUGAGGUUUGAAGCAAUUCUAAGCAUUAUGAUAACAGUCGCUUUCAAUAUCUCCUAACGUGAUAAACCUACCCAGUUCCAAAAAGUUUUUGAACUAAUGUAAGCAUUGUUGAAAAGAACGAAGGAUCUUUUAAGAUGAAUUUUCACUGGUAUUUUUAGAUAUUGUAGU